AUGACAUUUGCGGUUGGCCCGUUUAUAGCCUACUUUUACAAGUCCAGUGCCAAGACUUUCGUGCAGUACAAACAGAGGAGUGUAGCAAGCGUAGGACCUAACAACCAGUUUCGAGUCCUUGUAUGCGCUCACACCUCACGCAAUGUGCCAGGCAUUAUCAACCUCCUUGAGGCUUCUAAUCCAACAACACAAUCCCCUCUUCAUGUUCUUGCUGUCCACCUUGUGGAACUAACUGGACACGCUUCGGCCAUGCUGGUAGUGCACGAUGCUUGCAAGACCAAAGAUGUAAACUUUCCUGACAAAUCUUCGUCUCCGACAAAUGCCAUUGAGUUAUAUGUCAAACAAAGGCAAAGUGUCACAGUGCAAUCACUCACGGCAGUGUCUGCUUAUUCGACGAUGCAUGAGGACAUAUGUAACCUGGCUGAGGACAAUCGUGUCUCCAUUAUAAUUAUCCCGUACCAUAAGAAAGCUACAAUAUUGGAUGGAGAAGGAGGGGCAAGAGAUGAAGACAAAUCGCAUUUAAAGAACCUCAACAACAACUUGAUGGAAAAUGCGCGGUGCUCCGUGGGUGUUCUUUUGGAUCGGGGCAUCGGUACAUCCAACUACUUUGACUGCUGCCGCCACUUUACCAUGCUCUUCUUUGGAGGGGCAGAUGACCGCGAGGCAUUAGCGUAUGCGGGGAGGAUGGCUGGACAUCCAAGGGUUACCCUAACUGUUAUAACGUUUAACAUUAUGAAUAAAGAGGCAGAAAAAACGUGUGUCGAUGAUGAUGACGACGGUGAUGAGUAUAAUAAUGAGGACGACAAUGACAAUGAGAACGACGAUGACGACGAUGAUGUUACUCUUGAGGGAAUGAAAAGUACUGGAGAAGAGAAAAAAAUGGAUGACUUGUACUUGGAUGAGUUUAGGUUGAGGUCAAUGAAUGAUGCCUCCAUAAAAUUUGUAGAGAAUUGGGUGACCAGUUGGGAACAAAUUCUCUCAUUAAUACAAUCCACGGAGGGUGAAUAUGAUAUGUUCAUAGUGGGUAGAAGACAUGGAGAAAUGCAAGAGGUCGCCACAACGUUACUGGAUGACGAUGACUCUAACGACAUUGGAGUUCUUGGAGAGGCAUUGGUAUCUUCAAACUUCACAGCUAGUACAUCCAUUCUAAUUGUGCAAAAAAGUGAAUUUGCUCAUGAUUCAUGA